UUUCCAUCGUGGUUCUAGUUCCAAUAACCAUCGCGGCGACAACCCCACCGUAACCGAUUUCCUCGCGUGGAAUAGCUACACCAAAACCCAAGGAGCCCCAAAUACAACGGUCCUUGUCUAGCGGCGGCGAUAUCUGAGCUCGAGAACAACGUCACUGCCCCUACCUGCCCGCGUUCAUACAACCAGGAGCACACGCGUCCCGUGUUUACGUCUAAUGGAUUCAUAUGUGCUCACACAACGAGGGUGCUCCAUGCUGAUGCCUCGUGUUCAUCCAGACACCUUGAGGGCGUAGGCUGUUCGUCAGCCCACUCAUGAAUAAACACAACGGCUUCCCAGCUGCUCACGGUCCGCAUUCUUAAGGAAGCGGGUUGAGGGGGUGUGGUGUCCUCACCUCGCUUUGCUCACUCACCUUGACGCACUAGCAACCUCGAACGACUUUAACUUGUUCGCCAAGAAUUCCUGUUUCUACGAGUCCUUAACGACUUCUAAACAACUUUCUAACACGACCAAGACCGAAAGCCUCAGUCAAGAUGAUUCACAUCUUCCGCAGCUUCCUGUACAUCGUCCUCUUCAUCUUCUCCAUCGUCCUCAUGUCCCUCUGCGCCGUGCGCAUCCACUACACCGAGCACCUCUCGCCCUUCGACCCGCUCAACGACGGCGUGCGCUUCUACGACCCCAUCGUCGCCUUGCUCCUCGCCACCUCCCUCCUCACCAUCCUCUGGUCCGCGUUCGUCGGGCACACGAUCCACGGCCGCCACGAGCGCCGCAUCAUCGGCACGUUCCUGCACGAGUUCCUCGGCCUCGGCGUGCUCUUCAUCCUGUGGCUCGUCGGCGCCGCCAUCGCCACCGUCACAUCGAACGUCCCGACGCUGCUCACGCGCUGGGGCAACCUCUCCUCGUGCUGGCACUACUCCACGUGCCGCAUCCUCACCGCGCUCCUCGCGUUCGCGUGGCUCGGCUGGAUCGUCGUUCUCGCGCUGCUCCUCACCACGCUGCUCUUCGCGCUCGCGAACCGCGCGUGGAACGAGCAGAUGCACGGGCGCUGGGACCCGCGCGCGACGCGGUACCGCGAUAGUCGGGUCUGAGCUGGAGGGGGAUAAGAGGCUGUAAGGAUGGGAUGAGGAGAGUGGGAUGGAAUGUGGGUGGGAUAUGUCGCACCUAGGUGAUGACCAGACGACGCCCCCUCGAUGAACCACGAUACGGCGGAGGCAAUGAAGCCUCCAAACGAAGAACAAAACACACUUCCAGGCUCAAUCACGAACGCACGAACGACGACACGGAACGUACUUUAUUCAGUCCUUGAACUUGGGCUUGAGGACGAGGCAGAUAGACUUGGACUCUGAGUGGAUCUUGGAUGCCUGUUUGACACGUAUAGUACAGUAGAUUACAGUUUCGCACUUUUUAUAAGUUAUCGCCGUUCUCUGGUACGUCUUUGUACUGGUCGGGGACGGUGCUCGUUGGUACUAAUACUUGUUACUACAUACUACGCAAUACAUUCGCGCUUGGAUAUGUUAGCGUUUCACAAAUACCAUGAACUGUCUCG